AUGGACCUUCACUUGAGCACAAGACAGUUUUCGGGCGAUUUCGUCCCAGUUUUCAGAAGGAGUGAGACCAAUCCAAACCAGAUUGAGUUCUCCAAAUUCGAUGCUUCGUUUGACUUCAAAUCCAUCUCACAGGAACCCGAACGCCUGUUUGAAACCGUGGGAAAACCUAUUCUGGACGACCGGCUAUUCAAAGGACAAGAUUGCUUGCUUUUUACCUUGGGUCCCUCCAAUUCUGGUAAGACACAUACUAUAUUUGAUCCAGCUACGGGCCUUGCCGUGAAUUCUCUUCGGUAUGUGUUUGACAGAUUGUCUCAAUAUGGAGAUAUCAGCACCGAUCACAAAAAGCUGGCAGGUCUCAUGAGCAAUUUGUGGAACGGUAAUACUUCUCCGCAGGAGCUUGUGGACUCUGAGUACGCAGUCACGCUAUCGAUGUUUGAGAUCUACAACGACAACAUCAAAGAUCUGCUUAUGAACUCCACCACCAGAAAAUCAAAAUCCUUCCUGGAUAUCAUCACAGACCCAGUCGAUCAGAAACUAAAGCCUUACAAUCUGUCUCAAUUCAUGGUCAGCGACUUUGAAAGCUCAAUCAGAACUUUAAAUCGUGGUCUUUCGAACAGGAAAACCUCCACCACCCAUGUCAACAGAGACUCCUCGAGGUCUCAUUGUUUUGUGUUUAUCAACAUUGUUCGCAUUUCGGACAGAAGUGUCAAUAGUUCCAGACUAACUCUCGCAGACCUCGCUGGCUUGGAAAGAUCCAAGCUAUCCAUGACAAGCGGCCUGAAUCUGAGGGAGGGAGGCUUCACUAAUGCUUCAUUAACGCAGCUUGGAAGGUGUCUGGAGCUGGUUGCCACUAAGCAGUUCAACAAGUCUUUGUUGCGCACCAAUAAGCUGACUCGUCUGAUUUUCCAUGACUACGUCAAAAGCAAAAGCUUGAUCUCCAUCAUUGUCAAUCUGGAUCCUGCCGGAGAUGAGGGUCUGAUUCUUCAGACUUUGAGAUACGUCAAUCCAAUCCAAUACCAGAAAAUUCCCAGACAUACUUUCUCUGCAUCCUCUCAGAUUAAAAGUGUUGUCGAUAGUAAGAAUCAACAUGAGCUGCUAUGCCAAUUAGAUACGCUGAAGCUAUACCAGCAGAAGCUAGAAACCAAGGUGGCUAAGCUCGAAGAGGAAGUGGUACAAACGGAAAUUCGUACUCGCCAGGAACUCUAUGAGGAAAAUGAGGCCAAACUGAACCAAAUAGCUGCGGAGCACAAAAAUGAAAUUUUCCAACUUAAUCAAGAACACGAGCUCGAAACAGACUCUAAGCUCAAAGAACUGUCCCAGUGUUAUCAGGAAAAACUUGAUCGCGAGAUGAACUUCAAAAACGAGGAACUUCAAAAGUCCAAGGCCUUGGUUGAGGAGCUCAAGUACAAGUGUGAGCAGCUGAAGCAACUCAACGAACUUCUGGAAGCCCAAGUCAAUGAAUUGAAGGAGCAACAUGAGCAGAAACUCAAGGAAACUCAACAAGAGCUUCAUGGGUCUCUAGAAUACAGUGACAAGUUGCGCAAGAUGGUCGAAGAAGCAGAGGAGCAAGGUCGCAAGAUGGAUUGCGAACUCGCGAUUAAGGAGUCUGAGAUAAAAGAGUUGAGGGAUAAUAAUGCCAAACUGCAACAAGAACUAUCCAGCAACUCUGUGGAAGUCGGCCACAGAGUCAAGAAGUUGGAGGAGGAGUAUCAAGCGAGACUGGAAGCGGAGAUUCAAGUGCGCGAAAAGGAGAUUCAAUCUCUGAACACUCUGAUGCAAGAAAGUUCCAAGAAUCUGGCAUCUGAGCACGAGAAAACCAAGACUUUGAAAACCCAGCACGAUCAAGUUGUUGAAUCUCUCAAGAAGCAGCACAAAAACGAGCUUGAACGUCUGAAGAAUGAACACGAGAAACAGAUGGCGCCUCUUCGUGAACGCAUUGACUCCCUGGUCAAGGAGCUGGAGACGAAUAACGUCAUGAUGGCUGACUUCCAAAACACCCAUGACAAGCAGAUAUCGGAGAUGAAUCACAGUACCGAGGAAAUGGCAAAGGAAUUGGAGUCCAAGGAAAGCGAGAUCAAGGAUCUGAAGACCAAGCUUGCGGAGGUGGAGACAAAAAGCAAGAACGAUAUCAGACACUUGAGAUCGCAACUGGAGUCCAUGAAGACCAAAAUAAAUGUUCUGGACUCCGUAGACCGUGGCAAGACACCGUCCCGGUCUCCAGCUAUAUCUCCAGCCAAGUCUCCGUACCUAUUCCCUACCGAUCUUUACACGACGAACAUGAACAUGCCGAUCUCCAUUUUCGAGGACCACUCUCCACAAAGAGAGUCGUCGGUGCGCAAAUCUCCUGGGCGCAAGAAGAAGAGCAAGAAGACAGAUAAGGGCGAGCAGAUGCAAAGUCAGAGCCAAAGCCAGAACGAGAUUCUGAAGCCAACGAACAAGCUUGUCGAGACAGAGCCUCUGCGCAAGCACUCUUUAUCUCCAACUAAGUCAAACCGCAAAAAGCUCCGCCGCGUGGACCUCGAGGACGACCUGGCUAUCAGCGAGUAG